GAAAUCGCCGGACAGCCGACCAUACAUUCUCAAAGGCGGCCAGAAUCCCUUGCGGGGCGAUUAGUUGCUCCGGACGACAUCCCAGCCAAGCAGAAAGCCAGUGAUCCGUACCAAGUUGCAACUGCUGCUGGCAACGUCACGUUUUCCAACGACCUUGGGCUUCAGACAUCAGAGCCUGACGCGGGGGUCGGGUUGAAGCCGCUGUUCAUCCUCUUCGUAGCUGGGAUCUUCUUCCUCCUUCUGAUGGCAGUAUGUGUUAUUCUGCCCCGGCUGCAGGGCGUGACGCUGGGCAUCGCUGGCACUUUGGAAGAGAGGUACUCUCGCCCGGACCUGACGAAAUCCAUCGAAUAG